AGUUUAGUAUUUUAUUUUGUAACAAAAUUAUUAUAAUUUUCUAAAAUGUCUUAUUACGAUGUCACUAAAGACAGUAAACCUUUCAGAGAAAUUACCAGUAAAACUGAAAUUACCAGUGUUCACUGUCUCCUCUAUAUACUUUUUAAUGUCUGUUUACAAUAGAUUUUCUUUUGUAACUGACUUCUGACGGGGCUAGUGUAAUACGACCAGUUUAUAUUCGGUCCAUCGCCCACGAAAGUAAUAUAUAGGCCUCAAAUUGUUGAACAAUAUACAUUGUUUGUGCAAACUACAGAGAAAACACACCAUGUGGUUCGUAUAUUUAAGUUGGGUGAUACUCGCUUCAGUGAUAAAAGGCGAGGAUGAUUACUAUGCACCUCAAACAUUCAAACAGAUGGGGUCGGCAGAGCUUUUCCAACCCGUGUACCAGCGCUGGAGAGAUGUUAUGAGGAAUCAGAAAAUAACAGAUUCCUACAACAAGGCUGCGUUCACACCGGCGCAGAAUGACGUCUCUCCACAAAGCUCCAAUCCACAGUCGUGGAGACCAGGUCCUUCUAGCGAUGAUUGGAGAGCACCAGAGCAAUGGGUACGCAAGGAGCAACAAGCUUCUAUACUUCAUCAUAAGCAAGCACUUACAUCAGAGGGUAGUUUCCGUUUCGAGUACGCGUCAGACAACGGUCUAGCUGCAGGCGAGGUUAUAGAACCGGACGGUUCUCGUGUUGGCGCCUACCAAUACAAGGAUCCUACAGGGAAACUUGUCAAGCUUAAAUACAGAGCCGGGAAAGAAGGUUUCCAGAUUCUAGAAGGAAGUCAUUUGCCACAAAGUCCUCAACCACAGCAACCAGAUAAUUACUAUCAGAAUGCUUACGCCCAACAAAAACAAUACGACAAUCAACAUAACCAAAGACCGGAGGUCAACCAAGACUGGACGCCGCAAAACCAGCAGGGUGCUGGCAAUCAAGGCGCUGGCGGACAAUACUUCAAUCAGAAUUGGAGUUCAGGAAAUCAAGAUGGACAGUAUCGAGACAAUGAGUUAAUGGAACACAGACCGCAUUCAUUCGGCGGAGGCUACGCGUUUGCUUUCAAAGGAUAAAGAUGGCGCUGUUCUAAAUUGUCCCUUUAACGACUCUUUUUGUUAAUAAAACAUAAUCCUAUA